UGAUUUCAAACUACAAGGGAUAAAGAGUAACUAGGAUUUGAAGAGAGAGACUCACAGCAGAUUUUUCCCCAAAUCGAAAUGGUCAAAGAAAUUGAAACUCUGACAGAAGAUGAAAGACGUGCACUUCGCGGCAGCAAAUUUGCUCCUCUUCCUAGAACUUCCAGUUCCAAACCUAGAUUGGCUCAUCCCGGUGGACCCUUGGCAACGAAUAAAGCAGCGGCAUUGGCGAAGUUUCUUGAGAGAAAGCUGAAGGACCCAAAUGGGUUGGCAUCUAUUAAUCCUGAUCUCCUUGAACUGGCUGUAAAUAAUGCCAAACAAACUGUCCAUGCAAGUGGUACUUCCAAUUUUCAAAGAACUAUUCGGCAUGUGGACUCCUUUGGUGACUUCGAUUCUAAGGAUUCUAGCGAAGAUGAACUGAACGAGCUAUCUGAGGUAAAGGAAUGCAAGAGAAAGAAGAAAAAGAAAGAGAAAAAGAAGAAAGAAAAAAAGAAAAACAAAAAGCGAAAGAAUGCUGAGGUCCUUGGAUGUGCAGUGAUUAAGAAGCCUAAACAGAAGUUUAAAUUCUGAUAUUACUUGUACUAGCAAAUUUUUGAAAUAGAGGAUUGGUGCCAAAAAUUUUUAGUCAUGGUUUUCUUUCCUCGCCCAAAUUUGUUAGUUACAAGUAAAUACCCAGCAGUUGAUGGAAUGCUGUGACAGAGCUUUUUUAUUGUAUCGAUAUUCCCCCCAAGCUACAACAUAGACCACAAACUUUUUUUAUUUGAUUCUUUCAAGGUAUACUGCUGGAAGGAAUUUGGGUGAAAACAACUCUAAUUUCCAAAGGUUAAGGAUGGUGAAAAUGCACAUAGGGUGGUGCUAUUUUGAUCUUCGAUGUCUACACUUCCUUUUGACCAUCCUCUCUUUCAGUAUUGUAUUGUAUUUUUCUGUUAUUUUUUAUCCCUUGUUCGUUUUCUUGAUACUCAUCUCUGUUUUCUAUUUUAUUUGAUCCUACUUUAUAUUUUGCUC